CACACCCCGUAGGCGACACAGCGUCGAUGAAGCAAAAGAAGAAAACCCCGAACAGGGUCUCUGGAACAAAUGGAGACCAAAAGACCUCCGAGAAACCGGCCCCAGACGAAGCUCCCCCCAGUGCUGAGGCCCAGGCAGAGCAGCUGGCUCGGGAGCUGGCCUGGUGUGUGGAACAGCUGGAGCUGGGUCUCAAGAGGCAGAAACCCACCCCGAAGCAGGAAGAGCAGGCUUUAGGGGCAAUCCGAACCUUGCGCAGUGAAAAAACUCCCUUGCCGCAGAAGAGACAGCUGAUGCGGUCGUUGUUUGGGGACUACAGGGCUCAGAUGGAUGCGGAGUGGCUGGAGGCCCAGCGAGCUCUAAAGGCCGCUCCCCUUUUAGCCCAGGUCCAGCUUGUGGGUGAGGCCGCCAGAAAGAAGAACGGAAGGGUCUGCAGGCCUCGUCCAGCAGAAAGAACGAAGACCACCCCGGACUUUACGGAUGAAGCGUUUCGGUUCAAUUUCUUUUAG